AUGACUCAAAACAACACCGGAAUACCUCUUUCGUUCUCUCACAAUCUUGCGCCAAUCCGUUUGAUUGAGCUGCCGCCAGCGCUGCUAUCCUUACUCUCAAACACCGACUCUCCGCCCACACUACAAAUUAAAGCUUCAUCCGCUCCAAUAGACACUCACUCCACCAGUAAUCACGCCGUUCUCACUACACCAACACAAACCUUCUCCCUCCGCCAGGUCUACUCCUCCAACUCUCUCCUUCUCCUAAAGCCCUCCACCACCGACACCACCAGUCUAAACGUCGUCUCCACAGCCAACAGCUACAUGGAGCUCAUUCCCACCAUCCACAAUGCCAAAGACCUCAUUCUGAAGCACAUCCCAGUCUUUCCACUACCCGCUGAUAUCACUCCCAUCACUCGUGCAGAAAUCCUCGCCUCCAUCCCCGUCUCAACCGGCGAGUUCGACGCCGCCUGGAAGGAGCUCCACUGCUUCUCCUGUCCAAAGGGUUUCGCAUAUCGUCCCGCGCCCUCGGCAAUUCUUCAGACGCUGAAGACGAUCGAGCUAGUCCACUCUGUGGGAGAAGACCGCAUUGAACUGAGUAAGUUCACGCCAGAGGACCUCAUAAACGCUAUAGACCGCUACUUUGCCUCACUCUAUGAUGGGGACGAUGAGGAUGAUGACGAGGAGGUUGAGCGCUGCAUCCCUGGCCUCGUAGAGGCUGUACUGUCAGAAGUCGGUUUGACAAAUCGCGAGAUGGUGUCAAGCAUGUCGAUAUGUGAAAGAACAUGGAUGGCAUGGCUUGGAAGAUUAGUGUUGGAGGAUUGGGCUUCAAAGAGUAAAGGCGAUAUGCUUUAUGCCUCGUUCAUGACAAAGUGGAAGCAGGAGGCUCCAGAUUGGUGUUCGGCGGUCGAGUGCGAGUUGAAGAGGAUUGAGGGGUGGUAUACGCUUCCGACUCCUAACACGAUUCGUUUUGCGCCAGGGGGCGAUGCUGUUGCGGUUGAAGCACAAAAGCCGGAGAAGAAGAACAAGUGGCAUGAGAAGUUCGGAAAGGGGAAGAGGCGCUGA